AGGAAGGGGCGUCUAAUACCAAGUAUUAGACGUCUCCGUCUAGAUUUUCCAGUUUUUAAGUGCUACCAACGUACGGUAGGACGUCGCGUAUACGAAAAUUGACGAUCCGAUGGCAGGAGAAGCAAUUAUUACACAAAACUAACCCGCGCUUGUUUAAAUAAAAAUGUCGGGCGGACCAGGCCCGCCACCAGUACCGGGCAACCAUCGGAGCGGCACACCGGUCGGUUGGUCUCCUCUUCACUUUCGUCCUACCUCCCCUUACGCCCCGUCAACGCCACCUCGAAUGAGUAGCCCGGCCGCUAAUAUGUUCGGCACCCGGUUGCCGUACGGGAUGCCGUGUCCGAGGCCGAGAUGGCCAACAGCAUUAUCGCCUGUUCCGGUACCGCCACCGCAUGCUUUUUCGCCACCUCCACCAGCGCCACCUCCUGGACCUAAGCCAUUUAGACGUCCAAUGCAUCCACCUUCUCCAGCUCCAACCAGGUGCGCUUCCCCAUUAGACUCUCCAUAUUUUAAGGGGAUCCAGCCUUAUUCCCCGGAUCAUUUUAGUGGAAUCCAAUCUUACUCCCCUGAUCAUUUUAGGAGCGGACCUCAAUCCUAUUCUACCACUCCUGAUUAUUCCUUCGGACCACCAAAUCGCGAUUUCGAAUAUGUUGGUGUACCCCUCGAGCCCCCGCCAUUACCGCACAAUUAUGAUCCCGAAGAGGAUGAAGAAUCUGGACCAACAACUGCCGAAAUCAUCGCUAAUCAAUCACAGGAUUACAUUGACGAAAAAUUGGCGGAAUAUCAAGCUACCAUAUACUUAUUACAAGGUAAGAAUAUAACAUUAAAUUUAAAUAUUAUACAGAUAUUACUUUGUGGAAUUAUUUAUGUUUUCCGUUAUUCUCAAUAGAAAAUAGAUAUUUAUGUGUGAAAAAGCCGAAUCGAAAAAUGACUUCACACACGAAUUGCAUAUAAUAUUUUUUCUACUAGCGAAAAUUUCAUCAAAAUACAGAAUUUAAAUGAUAAUUUUCCUCAUAAAAUAUUUCAUAUAUUUAUUAAUAUUUUUGACAGUUUAAUCAAGAUUAGAACAAAAUAACAUGUAUAAAUGUCACCUGAAAAUAAUUAUCACUACAUAAGGAGAAAAAUAAAAAAUGGCAUCAGCGCGACUUAAACCUGGGACCUUCCUCAUGUAAAUCUCGUACUCUAGCCACUUGACUACGGAGACCUAAGUAAUACAUUUUUUUAAACACUACUGCUUAAAGUAUAUUUCUUUACGCACUAGUGCGUAAAGUUUCACGUACUCGAAAGUGUGUCUAAAGUACGUACUUUACGCGCGGUAGUAGAAAAAUGAUAUUUUACGAGUAUGUACUAAUUUUUAAAUGAAAUAUGUAUUAAUUUCCGUUUGUUGACACUUUCGCUUUCUGCGAUGAUUAUGAUGUACGAUAAAGGUUAUUUUCGAAAAAUAAAGUAAAACCACGACGUAAAUUUUGUGUAAUUAUAUCAACAACUAUUACAUUACCUAUGGAUUACUAAAAGGCUCAUUGGAAACUAUGAUCUGAGUUCAAGCAGAUCAUCUAUCAGCUGAUUGUGGAUCCUAGCCCAGAACCAAUCUUUCCAUGAUAUUCAUCCAGUUAUAUAAUAGAUUCUAGAUGUUUAAUAAUUGAUAUUGAGCAGUUAUUGACGAUUUAAAUUCAUACGGAUUUUGCGCGAAAGUUUUAAUUGUAGACAGCCAUUUAAGGGGAAUGAAUAAUUUUUAAAUUUCAACAAACAGUAGACAAAUGAAACGGCCUGUUUGAACAACCUGAUGGAAUUUUCACUUUUGUAUACUAUAGUAGAAAUGAUCAUAUCCUAUCACUAGAACUUGAUUGAUUAGAUCAGUUUCCGAACAACAAUGAACGUGAUGACCCGACAUAGGGAUAUAGGGCAAAUGGUGAGUACAAAAUCACAAUGCACAGUAAAGGAAUAAGCCGAGCAGCAUGUUAUAAUAUUUCUACUUUUUCUCAAUUAUCGAAUCAUUUUCAAAGUAUGGUAAUAUUUUUCAAACGUUAUACUUACUCUUGACGUGCAAUAUUUUUUAUAUAUCGCAUACUGAGAGCGAGAGGGUCACAACUCAAAAAACUUGAUUUGCGGGCAAGUUCAGUAUAUUAUAAACAGCAAGAAUCUGACGAUUUUGUAAUUGAUAUCCUCUGAAUUUUUUUUGCGUGCAACAAUAAUCCUGCCAUUUAUUUGAGUUUAGAAUAUUAUUUAAAAAAAUUGUAUAAAAAAUAUUUUGACUUGUGACGAUGCAACUCCAUUUUUUGUUUGAGUUAUUACUAUUUGAUAAAUACAAAUUCAUUGAAAAAUUUCUUUAAAUCAGUAUUGAUUCUCCAAAUUUUAUACUUCUUAAAUAUAGUUGAAUGUAAAAGGUAGAUGAAUAAAAUGUGGUCAAGUAACUUAGUGCUUAUUACAAAUUAUUCUUAGUUAUACAUCGUGUAAUAUUAUUAAAAAA